AUGGGAGGCAACCAGACAUGGAUCACAGAAGUCACUCUGCUGGGAUUCCAGGUCGAUCCAGCACUGGAGCUCUUUCUCUUUGGACUUUUCUGCCUCUUCUAUAUGUUCACCCUUCUAGGGAAUGGAGUCAUCCUAGGGCUUAUCUGCUUAGACUCUAGACUGCACACCCCCAUGUACUUCUUCCUCUCUCACCUGGCCAUUGUUGACAUGGCCUAUGCUUCCAACAAUGUCCCCAAGAUCCUGGCAAAUCUUACUUUUUUGUAUCUGGCUUUUGCUCAUAUAGAGUGCCUGAUUUUGGUCAUGAUGUCCUAUGACCGGUUAGUGGCAAUCUGCCAUCCCCUACAUUACACUGUCAUCAUGAACUGGAGAAUGUGCAUGGCCCUGGCUGUGACUUGCUGGGUGUUUAGCUUCCUCUUGGCUCUGGUCCAUUUAAUUCUCAUCCUGAGGCUGCCCUUCUGUGGGCCUCAUGAAAUCAACUUCUGUGAAAUCCUGUCUGUCCUCAAGUUGGCCUGUGCUGACACCUGGCUCAACCAAGUGGUCAUCUUUGUGGCCUGUGUGUUUAUCUUACUGGGGCCCCUCUGCUUGGUCCUGGUGUCCUACUCACGCAUCCUCUUUGCCAUCCUGAGGAUCCGGUCCGGGGAAGGCCGCAGAAAGGCCUUCUCCACCUGUUCCUCCCACCUCUGUGUGGUGGGGCUCUUCUUUGGCAGUGCCAUUGUCAUGUACAUGGCCCCCAAAUCCCACCACCCUGAGGAGCAGCAGAAGAUCCUUUCCCUGUUUUAUAGCCUUUUCAACCCUAUGCUGAACCCACUGAUCUAUAGCCUGAGGAAUGCAGAGGUCAAGGGUGCCCUGAGGAGAGCCCUGUACAAGCAGAGGCACAUGUGA